AUGGUGCCCUCGGGGAGGCCCGAGGCCGCCCGUCCGCAGAGCGGGCAGCGCCCCCGCCGCUACCUCAGCGCCGCGCCGCCCCGGGCCGCCGCCGGCGGUGGUCGCGGGGCGCCCUCAUGGGCGGGGCGCGCGGGGGCCCGCAGCCGGGCCCCGGGGCCGGAAAGCGGGCUCGGGGAGAGCGCGCGGCAGCGGGCGGCGCUCCUCGCGGGCCCCGACAACAAAGCGGCGGGCAGCAGCGACCAUGUGACCCGCGCACACACCCUCCCCCGCCCGCGGCCGGCCGCUGCGGCGACUCCGCCCUCCCGCCCGCCCCGCCCGCCGCCGGCGCCCGCGGCCACCGCGCCUCCGGGUUUCCUGCCCGGCCGGGGGUGCCCAACCCUGUACCCCGCCACUCGCCCCCGCUCAAGUUUCAGGUGUAAACAGGCGCCGCUCAAAAGGAAGAAACUGGAAAUACAUGACCUGUGUGCUGAGCUCUUCUUACCCGCUCACCCCAAUCAGUGGUUAGCUAUGUUAGGAGCUGCCCUAUGGAGAGACUCCUGUGGUCAAGAACUUGCUGGCCAAACAACAACCAGCAAGGAACUGGAUCCUGCCAACAAGCAGUGCGUGAGGUCAGAGCGGAUCCUUCCCCCAGCUGUGCCUGGAGAUGACUUCAGCCACACCCAGCACCUUGAUUGCAGCCGGUGGAGACCCUGAUGCAGAGAACCCGGCUAAGCUGCAUGCAGAUGUCUGACUCACAGGAAUGUGAGAUAAUAAAUGUCAU